AGCGCGCCGGGGAGCGCAGCUGCGGGCGUGGGGGUGGCAGGAGCCGCGGAGCCGGCACCGAGAGCGGCUGCGGCCGGAGCUGGCGGCAGAGACAAAGGCGACGAUCAUGCCAGUUGUGAGUUUGUGGACAUUUAACUGAAGCCCAUUUGGCUGAAAACAAAUGAGAAGAAACCUUCAAGAAACAACCUCUGUUGAUAGAAUCUGCAGUCAUCUGUAUGUGUAAUAUGGAAUGUUCUCAACCUAGAGAUAGGUGAAUGGGUGACUCCAUUGACAAGGAGUGAUUACCUGUUAGGAGGCCCUGAGUCAAGACAAGAAUCUGUAUACCUUCAGAAACAAGUCUCUGUAGAAGAAGCAGCAAAGUUUGAAAGACGCUUGAAUUUUUUCGAUAAAUUAACUAUAUAAGAUACUUGACUUCCAAGAACAAAACCACAGAGACGUAGUAAAAUUAUUAUUAUUUUUUACAUCAUUGGACAUUGUGCAUCUCCAGGAAGGUGCUUUGUAAAGCUUCCUGAACUAAGAUUUGAAAACUUCAUUGGUGCUCCUUUAUACCGUGGACCAUAAGCAUGAGUGAGUUCUGGUUAUGCUUCAACUGCUGUAUUGCAGAACAGCCUCAGCCUAAAAGGCGCCGGCGGAUUGACCGAAGUAUGAUUGGAGAGCCAACAAAUUUUGUGCACACAGCUCAUGUAGGAUCCGGAGACCUGUUCAGUGGAAUGAAUUCAGUUAGCUCCAUCCAGAACCAGAUGCAGUCCAAGGGUGGCUACGGGGGUGGCAUGGCCGCCAGCGCGCAGAUGCAGCUCGUGGACACGAAGGCAGGAUAGCCCCGCGCCCCUUCUCCGGUCAUUGUGAAUUUGUGUUUCUCUUUUCACUCUUCCUUAAUUUUGUUGUGAUUCCUUUUCAAAUACAAGUGUGACGGCAUCUUGUUCACCCUGUUGUGAUCCCUCCAGUGAGACGUUCUUGUUCUGCUCUGCAGAGGACCCUGCCUUUCCUCCGGCCGGCAUGCAUGCCUCGGACUUACGGACUCUGGAUUGUGGCUUAAUUUUUACCAAUACGAAUCUGAUCUUAGCAUGAUCUUUUUUGUGAAUGCUAGCACUAUUUUGCAUUUUUCUUUUUUAAACAUUUCUAGUCCAUCUCCAACCGUCUGCCUUAUGAGUUUGUUGGUAAGGUAGGACCUAUUAUUUGUCACCGUUUAUGUAUAUUUUGGGAGGUAUAACAUCCACAAGCACAAUGGUCAUUUGUAUUCAUUUGAAACUUGAGCAGAAUAGACAUCUGCAUGCUUUAUUAGGUUGCUUCAUAGGGGAGCCCAUAGGAUGCCAGAAGGAGUAUUUCUUUGCUGCUGUGGGCAACUGCUGCUAUUAGAGAAAGGUUAGCUAUGGCACCAAGUCAUGUCAGUUUCACAGGAAAAGGUGUAGCCUGUAGCUUAUUUUAGAGUUAAAAUCUGGCAUUCAUUUGGUUGUAAAUGUUCAAUAUAUUUAUUUUGAGAGCAAGGACUUGGGACUGUCAACAGGUGUGGUUCUGGGUCAGCGUCUUGGGGUGAUGCCCUCAUCCCGCCACCCUGUGUACUCGUACUGUUCUUUCUUCUUAUUUUACGGGAUCCAGUCGUUCAGCUCCUGGCCGGCAGUCCUAACUGCAGAGUCGAGUCUUGGCCUUUCCAUAUUCAGACUUCUUUCAGGUAGUAGAAGUUACCGAGAGCAGGAUAGUGACUUGGCUGAAUCAUUCCUAGUGACCACAGGCUGUCUGGUGAGCAACCUUUGCUCAGGCUCCAAAAUGUAUGUUUCUAUAAGUACUGUCCCUCACCUGUCAGGGUGUAGUGUUCAGACAGUUAGUGGUUUCAGUCAUAUUAAGAUGUCGAAGUCCAAUUCAGUUCUGACUGACUACGCUUUGUAGGAUUAGUAUUUCAUGCAGCAGAUGGGACUUAAUUGAAAAUGUAGAGAGCCAAGGACUGGAUAAGGGGGUUGCUAAAGGCAAAGUAAGGAAAGCGUUUCUCUGCCAGUGCUUUUGAAGUUACCCAGGGCAGUGGGGGGCACUAGAUUACUCGAUGCUUGUCGGUUUGCACUUUUGAGUCGUCUUUGGUGUCAAGAGCCAUGCAGAGAGAGAAUCUGAGAAGAAAAACAUUUAUGCUUAGUAAUAAAAAUAGGCAGUUAGUUUGUUUAAAAUUACUCUGUGGAUACGGAUUCUGGAAUUUGCUGACCUAGUCAGUACUGAUGCCCUUUUGUCUGACUUUUAAAAUUCAUGUAACUUUUGGAAUCACAGUGCAGGGAGCUAGGCUCCUUGUUCCUGAAUUCAUGAGUUGAUUUUACUCUUUCCUAAUGAAUACCUUCUGUGUGGACCAAAUACUCCAGUGAGCAGCAGAGUGUUCCUCCUCAGUAACCCGUAGGCUACACUCCUCGGUGUGUGACUGACCUGCAGUGGCCACACUGUGUGCAAGAACAUAUGCCCAGGAAGGUGCCAACAAAUUCAAGGAGACCAUUACACUUUUAACAUACUAACCUUGGACACAGAUUUUUUUUAGGGACAUUUAACAGUAGUUGAGUGUGAAGGGUGGCAGCUUCCCCACAUCCUGGGUAGAAUUGUAAAAACUGAAUCUAAAUAAAGUGAGUUGCUGAACUACAUGCUAACAAGCGUGAAGCACAGGAAACUGAAUGAAGGGUUAACUGAUGCCGCCAGGUCUGUCUUUCGCAUGGUGGAGCCAGUGAGCACAGACCGGAAAUGUUAGCUCCAGGGAUGGGGUUCAGCGUUUCCAGUGGGCCUUUGAAGAUACUUUAUGAAUAUAUAUUAGCUUUUACUUUUGUUAUUAAAUUAUAGCAGUUUCAUUAGAGAGCAAGUUAGCCUUGAUUUUGUUUAAAAUGACAUCUGCUCAGCUCCCAGAAGAUAAAAUUGACAUAUUUUUAUAAUAUAAGCAUACUUUUUUUGUACAUUGUGUUCAUUCAGUGUUGGCUUGUAGAUAUUAAAAAAAAAGUAUUGAUUUUGAUUCCAAUAAAUGUUUUCUUUCCAUCCUG